ACUAUUCCAUUCUGCAUCAAACCAAUAUACUUUGCAGAGACUUAGUCUGACUUUGGAGACUAGUUAAAUCUUCUUUUUUUUUAUUUUCUGCUAAGCAAACCUUAAGAAAGGUUGGAACACCAUGACUUUAAAUGUGACAAUGAGACGAAGCAGCACCACAGUGCAAACACAGCAACGUUGGAGUAUUCCCGCCGAUGGAAGGCAGUACUGUGUACAAAAGAACUCACAUGCACAGCACAACCGCAAAUACACCAUCAACCCAGAGGAGUAUUACCGGCGCAGCUGGUCAUCGGACUCUUCAGACUCUGUAAUUUCCUCCGAAAAUGGGAAUACAUAUUACCGCGUUGUACUAAUAGGGGAACAUAGUGUCGGAAAGUCUACCCUGGCGAGUAUAUUUGCUGGAGUCCCAGAUUCUUUGGACAGUGACUGUGAAAUGUUAAGAGAAAGUACGUAUGAAAGAACUUUGAUGGUAGACGGAGAAAGUGCAACUUUAAUACUUAUCGAUAUGUGGGAAAACAAGGAUCAGGAUAACUGGAUUCGUGACCACUGUAUGCAAAUCGGGGAUGCUUAUCUAAUAGUUUAUUCCAUCACCGAUAGAGCAAGUUUUGAGAAAGCUUCUGAACUCCGCAUUCAGCUCAGAAGGGCACGUCAGACUGAAGACAUUCCAAUCAUACUUGUGGGAAACAAAAGUGACUUGGUCCGGUGCCGAGAAGUCUCUGUAUCAGAAGGGAGAGCAUGUGCUGUGGUGUUUGACUGCAAGUUCAUUGAGACAUCAGCAGCCGUCCAACACAAUGUGAAGGAACUAUUUGAGGGAAUUGUACGGCAGGUACGUUUAAGGAGGGACAGCAAGGAGAAGAAUGAAAAGAGGCAGGCAUUCCAGAAAAGAAGAGAAAGCAUCCCAAAGAAAGCCAGAAGAUUCUGGGGGAAAAUUGUAGCCAAGAAGAACAAAAGCAUGGCUUUCAAGCUAAAGUCCAAGUCUUGCCAUGACCUUUCCGUACUAUAAAUAUCCUGGAUUUGCAAAAACCCAUAAAAUGUGUUCUUUUGAUGGACAUCAUUUGGCUAUUAUUGUGGACAAUAAGCAAUCUAUAUUAGAUUGGAUAAUGCUACAAUUUACUUGUGUCUUCCAGAACAAUGAUGAAGAUUUACCAUCACAGUUAGUUAAAAUGGACAUAAAACCUAUUUGACAUUGAUAUUUAUACCCAUGAACAAGUCUACUGGUCUUUUGCACCAGUGUGCCUAAUUUUUCACUACGUUUUAAUUUUUUUUUUAUUACCUUGUUUUUCAUUGAAUUGUUUG